AUGCAAAGAGAAUCAAACUUGAAAAGGAAGACUUCAAUAGCAAUGAGCAAAUUGGACAGAUAUUCCAUGAUGAUCGUCUCAAAAUACUUUGAAAGUGAAGAAGACUAUUUAACAAUGAUGACUGUUUGUAAGAAGUACGUUGAUUUGACACAGCAAUUCCACUUCAACCCAAUAUCGAUCUCCAAUUUCAAUUUAUUCCCAAACAUCGAAACACUCCACUUGUAUGAAGAAGACGACGAAGAACUUCCCAGUAUUGAGAUGUUUGUUGUGUCGUAUCCGGUGUCGUACAACGAUUAUGUGAAAAGGUUGAACGAUGGGAAGAAGUACACCAAUGUCGUCUAUAACCGAAAAGACAGAACCGACAAAAAACUUGCGCUUUCAAUGCCUGCAAAGACCAUUGGGAGUUUCUGUUAUCAACAAAUGCUCUUCGAUUCGUUUGAAGUGCCGACUUACAUCACAAGUCUUGAAGGGUAUUGCUUCUCGUCGUGUCGCUACUUGACAACCCUCUCAUUACCAACAUCCCUUGUUACUAUCGCACAUCGGUGUUUUAAUGAAUGUAUUCUUUUAAACAAAGUGGAUAUCCCGGAGUCUGUGCAAUUUCUUGGGGAAUGUGCUUUCUCGUCGUGUUAUGCCCUUACCUCAAUCCAAAUUCCAGAUUCAAUAUUUUCUAUGGAUGAAGGGUGCUUCCUCAAUUGUUCCAAUUUACAAAUAGCGCUUGUGGGCAAAGGGAUGAAGAAGAUCCCAAAUCACACAUUCGAGAAUUGUCGCAACUUGGAACACAUCUAUAUCCCAUCCUCUGUUUCCUCUUUUGGAAACAAUGCUUUCAAAGACUGUUCAAAAUUGGUCGAAAUUGAGUUCCCUAAUUGUCUCGAGGAGAUCAAAGCAGGGUGUUUCGAGAACUGUGCGUUCCUUAGAAAUGUGAAAAUACCAAGUUCGGUCAGUUUAGUCGACGUUGGUGCUUUUUAUAAGUGCGAGUCUCUCAACUCCGCAGUGUUCAGAGAAAACACUAAAAUUGCGUUCAUCAAAGCAGUCACAUUCUUUGCGUGUGUACGCCUCUCAGAACUUGUCCUCCCCCUUUCUCUCUUUUCAAUCCAAGACAACGCGUUUCAAUACUGCUCCUCCCUUUCUCGUGUCGCACUCCCUUCAGUCUUUCAAAGUGUUGGCGAUGCCGCAUUUGCUGGGUGCAAGCUUCUCAAAACCAUUGAAUUCCCACCGGGAACAAGUUUUGGUGAAGGCUCUUUGUUUGGUACAACAGUCACACUCGACCUUCCAAACGCCUUUAAAAAGACGAUAUAA